UCGCUACGCAUGCGCAGCGGGGGCAAGCUGGGAGGUGGGACAGACAGAAUCUUCCGUGUGUCGCCGCCGCUGCCGCCUCAGCCUCAGCCUCGUUACUCCUGCGGUUCUGUGGCUGUGUUGCUGGCGUUAACGGCGCGAGGUGAAGAGAGGUGACGGAAGGUGCGCGCGCGCGCGCGGGGGGUCCCCUCAGUCCCAGCAGUUCCCUUCGUGCGGGUGGGGCGGAGAGGGUCUUCAGCAGUCGGGAGAGGCCCUUGACGGCGCCAUGUCGGCGGGCGGUCCAUGCCCAGCAGCAGCCGGAGGGGGCCCAGGGGGCGCCUCCUGCUCCGCCGGGGCCCCCGGCGGGGUAUCCAUGUUCCGGUGGCUGGAGGUGCUGGAGAAGGAGUUCGACAAGGCUUUUGUGGAUGUGGAUCUGCUCCUGGGCGAGAUCGAUCCAGACCAGGCGGACAUCACUUAUGAGGGGCGACAGAAGAUGACCAGCCUGAGCUCCUGCUUUGCACAGCUUUGCCACAAAGCCCAGUCUGUGUCUCAAAUCAACCACAAGCUGGAGGCACAGUUGGUGGAUCUGAAAUCUGAACUGACAGAAACCCAAGCAGAGAAAGUUGUUUUGGAGAAAGAAGUACAUGAUCAGCUUUUACAGCUGCACUCUAUUCAGCUUCAGCUUCAUGCUAAAACUGGUCAAAGUGUUGACUCUGGUACCAUUAAGGCAAAAUUGUCUGGCCCCUCUGUGGAGGAGCUGGAAAGAGAGCUUGAGGCAAACAAAAAAGAAAAAAUGAAAGAAGCGCAACUUGAAGCUGAAGUGAAAUUGUUGAGAAAAGAGAAUGAAGCCCUUCGUAGACAUAUAGCUGUUCUCCAGGCUGAAGUAUAUGGGGCGAGACUAGCUGCCAAGUACUUGGAUAAGGAACUGGCAGGAAGGGUCCAACAAAUACAAUUGCUAGGACGAGAUAUGAAGGGACCUGCUCAUGAUAAGCUUUGGAACCAGUUAGAAGCUGAAAUACAUUUGCAUCGUCACAAAACUGUGAUCAGAGCCUGCAGAGGACGUAAUGACUUGAAACGACCAAUGCAAGCACCACCAGGGCAUGAUCAAGAUUCCCUAAAGAAAAGCCAAGGUGUUGGUCCAAUUAGAAAAGUUCUCCUCCUUAAGGAAGAUCACGAAGGCCUUGGCAUUUCAAUUACAGGUGGGAAAGAACAUGGUGUUCCAAUCCUCAUCUCUGAGAUCCAUCCGGGUCAACCUGCUGAUAGAUGUGGAGGGCUGCACGUUGGGGAUGCUAUUUUGGCAGUCAAUGGAGUUAACCUAAGGGACACAAAGCAUAAAGAAGCUGUAACCAUUCUUUCUCAGCAGAGAGGAGAGAUUGAAUUUGAAGUAGUUUAUGUGGCUCCUGAAGUAGAUUCUGAUGAUGAAAACGUAGAGUAUGAAGAUGAGAGUGGACAUCGUUACCGUUUGUACCUUGAUGAGUUAGAAGGAGGUGGUAACCCUGGUGCUAGUUGCAAAGACACAAGUGGGGAAAUCAAAGUAUUACAAGGAUUUAAUAAGAAGGCAGUAACUGACACACAUGAAAAUGGAGACCUGGGCACUGCAAGUGAAACUCCGCUAGAUGACAGUGCUUCAAAAUUAGACGAUCUGCACACUCUGUAUCAUAAAAAAUCUUAUUAAAUUGACCAUGUCUCCAGACAAGAUUGUUAAUCAGACUGUUCUGAAUUUGGGGCACUGGGGAAGAUGGUGACAAAGACUACAAAAUCAGAGGAGGCUGUUUGUUGCCUAAAUGAAAGGCGGGUACCUCAGGGCUUCAUGUGAACAAUUCUAAAUGCAUAAAACACACUGUUUUCUGUGGUAGACCAUGAUUAGCUAUUGCAUGUAAAGCAAUUUUGAUUUUCUUGAACAUGUAAGCACCAAAGCAUGUGUUCCCAAAGGGGUAUUACUGGGCUGUUAAGUACCAAAUGAAACCCUACUGUUUUAUUUGGUUUGUUUUCCCUUUAGAAGGAGGACAGUGCUAACUGCAAUUUUAUAAGAAAUACCCUUACAGAGAGUAAGUGAAUUCAUAUUUUAUAUUCUAGAAUGUUAACCGUGGUGUUUCAGAAGACAGAGCUUGACUCAAUGAAUUGUAGAAAUAUAGGCUUGACUUAAUUUUUGAAACUGAAAGAAAGGCUUUAGACUUCAAAAAAAUUUAUUGUGCAUCCUGAAAUCUAAACCAAUUAUUAAUGAUCAUUUAUUGUAAUGAGUUUGCAUUUCAGCUUUAUUCAAUGCAGUACGAAAUAGUUUUCUUUAAGCAGUCCUUUAUCAAUCAAUGCUGCACUAGAAAUAGAUUCUCAAAAGUUACUAAACAUUUUACUUUUUUUGGUUUUUAAAAGAAAUGCAGAUGAGUGUAAAACAUCUGUUCUCAAUUAUGUUGAUCUGUGUGCACGGUACUGGAGCGUUUACCCAUUCAUGUUAAGGCUCAAAUGCUUGUUUUCUGGGAUCCACAAAAGACAGUUUUAUACAUUUUGAGUUGUUCAUAAAGUUUGUCUUGUGAUAGUCCUGGCACUUAAAGAUAAAUGUUUCUGGUAGUAAAAGUUCAGAUUUAUUACUGUGUCACGAAACACAGUAUAUUCAAAUCAAAUGGCAGUUUUCUUUCUAAGUAAAUGAUUUCCAAUCAUCUAAAAGGUGUGCAAGAAGAGAUAAAGACAUUUUGAUACAGUAAUUGUUUUGGUUGGGUUUUCAUGUCAGUUUAUGUUUGACUAAAACUCUCUUCACAUGCAGGUUUAUAAAUUUGUUAGGUCUCUUGUCCUAUGAUUAAACAUGGAGUGCUUCCUCUCUGAUUUAAUAUUUUGCAGGUCAUUGUAACCUGCUAGGCAAAGUCAAAACAUUGCAUUAAAGAGGUGAUAGUUUUGCUAAUAUCACUGUUUUAAAGGAUAUACAGUUAAGGGAAUAUUAAGUGGGAGAAAGCCUAUAAGGCUUUUAGAAUAUUAUCAGUAUCUUCAUUUCUGGUAUUCAGAUGUUAUGUGAUAAAACACACUUUUUUUUGUCUUUCCCAGAUACACUAUAUAUUUGUUCAAGGGUAAAUCUAUAAAAUAUAUAUACUUUAUUUUGUGGUUUUGCUAUUUAUAAAUUUAAUGUUUUAACUGUUGCUCUUUUAUGGUUUGUUUUGGGUGGUGGUGUUCAUCUGUAUAUCACCAUGUUAAUUUGUAAUAGAAGUGCACUUCAUAGUAUAUAUUGUUACUGAUAUUAAAAUACUUUAUAGCAUUUGCCUCUGAGCAAAAGCUAGUAUUUAAUUGUACAAAUGAAUAAGCAAGUUACAUGUUAUUGUUUGCUCUUGAAAGGGUAGGCCUCUUAAAAGGAAAAAAUACAACUUGUUUUUUCCUUAUCCCCUAUGCCAAACACAUACCUUCCAUGCAUGACAUGAGAUCUGCAAACUGAAUUUUAGCCACUGUAUUUAUUUAGUCAAAAAAAUUGUCCAUUGUAGCAGACCUGAAAACCUUUUUGCUGUGACAUGGAACCAUGUUAUUCUUAUCUUCUAAAAACACAGCCUGGGAUGGAACGACCAUGGCAUUUUUUUCAGAGAACAUCCUUUAUCUGCUAUGACUGAAUCCUUAGGAAAUAACCCUUUGAUUUUCAAGAACUACCGAAUAAGUGUAUGAAGAGGUUGUUUGUUUUUAAAACCUCAAGUUGGAAUUUUUAUGAGGUCACUGUGUAAUUUGAAGGAUUGUAUGAGAUGGUUAUGAUAUAAAUUCCUUUUAAGGACUGAUAAAUAGAAUGAAAAGUUUCCAGGUAGUUUAAAACUCCACAGGUCAGUUUCCUUUUCAUUCCUGCUUCACUGUGGUUUGUAAGCCUACGGGAGAGCACCAUUGCUCAGAUGCUGCUGUGAGCUUCCUGUCAGGUGUUAGAAAGUAACUAGUUAAAAGAUCAUUUUAGAAUAUAUGGUUUUUGGGGAUGAACUAAGAAUUAGUUAUUAGUUCCAAAGGACUGAGAACCAAUUUUAAUAUUUUCACAUUUAUAGGAAAGAAAUUCAUAUGUCCCUGAAACUUCUAAGACAAAACCAAACAAGGAGGGAACUGUUGCAAAGCCAUUUCAUCGAGAAAGGGACAGAAGGAGAAAUACACACAUGUAUACACAAACAGAAUGGUUGAGAAAACGUUUUAAUAGAAUGUGAGGGUUGUAUGUAUGUGUGUAUAUAUUUACACUUAACCUCUAAAAUUCUCUUCUACAGUACCUCAGUUAUGAAUAUAAUGGAAAAGCAGCAUUUUGGCAGUGAGACUAUUGUUAAAAUAAAUUUGAGAAAAAUGAAAAUUUUGUGAGUCUUGAUAAUUACAAGUCAACAGCUUUCGAAAGUUAGCACAACUUGUCUGUGGUGCUGUUUUUUUUUCCCCACCACAGUGGACUUAUUCUGUUUUCAUGUUUAGAAACAAAAAGGUUUCAUGUGAUUCAUGUGUAAGAUGCACAGUAUUUGACAUCCUAAUUAUGUAAUCCCUAUUCCAUCUAUCCAGUCUUACACUUACAGUUGGCCUCAAAUCUAUUGCAUUUAUGAUAAUGUAUUAUAUCUAGUUGAGUUUAAUAUUUUUUUAUUAGCUUGUAAAUAAAGAUGGCAUCUUCUACAUUAAAAUGAUAUUGAUCUCAUUUUUUAAAAUAAACAUUUUGUUUCCUUGACAUUAAAUAUUUUGGCUUAUUAUUUAUUUAUAGUAGCUUCUAUUAUUUGUACCAACAUGUCAUAAAGUCUGUGCAAAGGACUUGGCUUAAUUUUGUGUUAUAAUAUUGUGUUAUAAAUGUUGAGGAAAACAUUGAUAAAAGUUAGAAAAUCCUGUUUUUAAGAUACUAUUUAAAAGGAUAUUCUUCCAUUUUGACAUCUAAGUAUAUAUAAUUUAGAAGUUCCUAAGUUAUAUGUAAAAUAAUUUUUGGAAAAUACUUGUAAAUGAAUUACUUGAGUUAUAAACAUUUAGAAAUGUUAUGAAUAUUAGAAAUACAUUUUUGUCACUGACUAAUCUUGAUUCAGUGCUAAUACAUAUAUGCUUUCUGUGUGUUGAUUUAAGCUCCCAGUUCACCAAGUGAUUUGAAAAGAUGCCUUUUCCCCAGAAUAUAACCCCAUAGGAUAUUGGUCAAUUUAUGAAUUUUUUGGUCAGUUUAUGAAAUUUUAAAGAGAACUUGCAUUUUCAUUGUUAAUCAGUGUUUUAUUUUAGGUGGUUUUAUAACUGUAAUGUUAAAAAAAAAAAAAAAAACAACUUUAAAAGUAUUGCAAAUUACCGUGCGCUGUUGGUGCUGAAUAUUUGUUUAAUAGUGAACCUUUUUCAGGUGUGUUUUGAGAGUUAUAACCACCAUGGCGGCAGCCAUGAGAAUGCAUCUGUCAGUUCUCGUGCAGGAGGGAGCGUAGCUUACUGAAAGCCCAGCUACUGUGGUCUGAAAUUCAUCCCUGUGUACAUGGUGAGGCUAUGCUUCUCCACGCUGCUGCCAGUCAAUGACUGAUUAUGACAGGGAUAUUAUAUGAUGACUCCUCAACUUUAGCUGAGCACUCCAUGAUGGUCUUGCCAAACUCCCUUAGGAUUACAUUGUAGUCCAAGUUGCUGUCACCCAACCUUCCUUCCUCCUUUCGUUCACCUUGGGUCUUACCUCCAUUGUGGUCUCAUUGCUUUCCAGCCUCCCAUCAACCCCAGCUCCCUACCUAUUUUUCCUCACUGGCAUUGCCCUUAAUAAAUCUGUUGCACAGCAGAUCCCUUUUUGGUGUUGGCGUCUGCUUCUUAGCCUAGACUAACACAAGUGACCAUGAGUGAGAUUUGAGGAAACAGGUAAUAAGAUGGGCAUUAGGAAUCCACACAAAGGGCAAAGACAAUGAUAUCUAGUUGGUAAGUACGGUUUAUCUAGUCCUUGACACAAAAUCAUGGCUCAGUGGCUAUUUCACAAAUGGUGUGCAGAAAAGAGUUAACAGAAUAGGCCUGAACCUGUUGUCUUUAGGUCUGCUUGCAAGGUUGGACCUUGGCCAGAGUCCAGCAACUUGGAUAUCAGGAGUAUUCCCAUCAUCCUCUUGCUGGUAAGAGUGGUUUACUGUGCCUGAAAUGUUUGUACAAACAAUAGGAUUUUUGUUGAACACCUACUUUCCUCUGGGAAUCUAGAAUUUUAGUACAUGCUAGGUAGAGGGUACCUACAUGACUGACUCCCCUAAAACCUUGACUCCUAGGUUCAGUCAGGCAAGCUUCCUAGGUGGACAACACUUGAUGUAUUGUUACACGUUACUGCUAGAGGAAUUAAGCAUGUCCUGUGUGACUCCAUUGGGAGAUGAAUUUUGGAGCUUGUACCUGAUUUUCUUGGGACUUUGCUCAUAUGCCUUUUCCCUUUCCUCAUUUUGCUUUGUGUUCUCUGUAAUAAAUCAUAAUUGUGAAUAAAACUAUGCUUAAUCGGA